AUGCGGAAGAAGACCAAAUACUAUGUCAUGCUUCGAGACAAGUUCAACCUUCCCAUCUACACCCUACGGUUGCCCGGAUCGCGCAUCUAUGUUGUCAAUUCGCCCGCCCUCAUGUCUGCGGUUCAAAAGCAAUACAAAGCGCUCGCCUUUAUGCCCUUGGUAGCUGAUGCCUCUGUCAAAGUCUCUCGCUUCAGCAAGACAGCGAGCGAUAUCAUCAACAUGAAUAUCAAUGGAGAUGAUGGUAACUGGGGAUAUGUCAUGACAUUUCACGAUGCCAUUCAACCUUCUUUAGCGCCUGGUACACAUCUGGAUGCCAUGAACCGAAUCAUGCUUGGAUUAGUUGCACAGACUUUCAAUGGACUAAAAGAAGAAGCACCUACGACUGUGAAAUUGUUCGACUGGGUUCAGCAUCAAAUCACGCUUGCUACCACGGGCUCUGUAUACGGUCCCUCGAACCCAUACAAAGAUCCGAAAUUCGAGGCCGCGUUCUGGACCUUCAAGUCAGGAAUGUCGAACUUGAUCAUGGGAUUAAACUCGACGGGCAUCGCAAAAAAAGCCAUCAACGCUAUGAACGUCGGAUCUAUUGCUUUUGAAAAGUACUUCAGCGAAAACCACCAUCAUGACGGCUCUGAACAUGUCCAGGCUCGAUUCAACCACAGUACAGAUCAUCGCAUUCCUCUCAACGAUAUCGCAAGGUCCGAAUUCGCCAACGGAGUAGCUCUGCUGUCCAACACUGUGCCAAACACCUUUUGGCUGCUCUACCACCUCUACUCAGACCCAGAUGUUCUCAAAAAAUGCCGUCAGGAAGUAUUAGCUGUGCUGACGGUUACCGAAAGCGCAGAAGGGAAAGCAACAAAUAUCCUCGACAUAUCGAAGCUGAAGACGUCCUGCCCAAUCCUUCUCUCAACAUACAAAGAAGUCCUCCGUCUCUAUAGCACCGCAGUAUCCGCACGCCUCGUAAUGCAAGACCACAUGCUAGACAACCAAUACCUGCUGAAAAAAGGCAGCACGGUAAUGAUGCCAACCCCCGUCCAGCACCAUAACUCCACAAUAUGGGGCUCUAAUAGCAAUACCUUCGACCACAUGCGUUUCGCAGACCAGCGUCCUAGCCAAGCAGGCUUCCGUGCCUUCGGUGGCGGCACGACGUUGUGUCCAGGUCGCCAUUUCGCUACUACGGAGAUCCUGGCUUUUGCUGCGACUAUGAUCAUGCAGUUUGAUGUCAGACCGAAAUCGACGAGAUGGAUGGAGGCGUCGGGGGAUAGGGUGGAGUUUUGGGAGGCUACGCCGAGCCCGGAUGAGAACUUUGAGGUGGAGAUACGUUCGAUUGAGGGUGAGGGGCGGGGUGGGAGGUGGGAAUUUAUUCUGUCGGACUCGGAUGGGCCUAUUGGGUUGAGUACUCAGGAUUUGGCAUAG